AUGACGUACAAUCAAGACGAGCUUGUGGCCCCGGAAUGGUUGAAUGAUGAGUUCUUCCGUGAUGUGAUGCGUGAAUCGAAUAAUGAUCCAUCGAUCGAGCUUACCAGUGCGUGUGUGUUGCGUCCAGGUACCAACAAGGGUGACCAUUAUGCUAGUGUUAUGUUCCGGACGACUGUUAAGUAUCGAUCGACGCGUUCCCUUGAAGAGAAAUCGAUUAAUAUCAUUAUGAAAACGAAACCUGAAGCAGAAGGCCUAAAGAAGGAGCUUCUAGAGGACGAUGCACUAUUCGCGAUUGAAAUCGACAUGUACAGCAAGACCCUACCGGAGAUGACGCGAAUGCUGAAGGAAAUAGGAGAAGAGUAUAAGUAUCCUCGAUACAUUUAUGGAUCACUGAGGCCACGGGCCAUCUUUAUUCUCGAGGACCUCAGUGAUCAGGGAUGGGUGAUGGCAGAUUAUAUCAGCACUCUGGACGAUAUGAAGCCGAUAGUGAGGGAUAUAGCAAUGUUUCAUGCCGCAUCUGUGAUGAUAGAAAGCUCGGAUCCUACGUUCGCAGAAAGACAUGCAUACGCUAUGGGUGAAAAGUAUACGGGUUUCGAGGGGUUGAUUAACAAGAGCUUUGGAGACUUGAUGCAGUUGACAGCGUCGCAGUCAGAGUUCGCUCACUUUGCCAAGCCUUUGGAAAAGUUUCAAGAAAAUCUCCGUGAAUACUACGUUUCAUUGUACGACGCUUCGAAAACGCAUAGAAACGUGCUGAUACACGGCGAUUUUCAUUACAAAAAUAUGCUUCACCAAAUCGACCCUGAAGGACGACACACGGAUACGAUAUUGCUCGAUUAUCAGGUGUGCUGUUGGACAUCACCUGCCAUAGAUUUGUACUAUUUGUUGGAUAUGAUUCCGACGCAGGAAGUAAAGGACAAUCAUCGAUCUGAGCUGAUUUACAUGUACUAUCAGCAGUAUACUGAUAUACUGAAACGUCUGGGUUUUCUGGGAAGGAUACCAACUUUGUUGGAUUUGCAAGUAGAACUGCUGCGAUUUGCUGGACUUGAACUGGUGCACUAUACCAUCUUCAGCGCGGUGCGGUACAUGGAUCAGAGUGCAAUCGAUAUCGAGGCAAUGCUUAAGGGUGAAGUCGACAAUCCCGUGUUGAGCAAUCCAGAGUUCAAGAAGCUAAUGCAUAGAGAGCUAACACGGUUCCUCCAUCAGGGCACAUUGUCGAGUUUGCAUAUCAGCGUUAAGGAGCAACUGAUAAAGACGGACAGUGAAACCAUCAUGGAGGAACCGGCGUGGAUUGAUCGGGAAUAUUUUACGCGCGUACUGGAAACCUAUCUGCACGCGGAUGUUACCGUGCAGCGGUACGAACUGGCCGCCGGUUGUGCCGGUGGGCAGAAUUUUAUGAGUGCAAUCUUGCGCGCAACGGUACACUACACGCUGGCCAGUUCGGAACCGGACCAUGCCGAGACGGUAUCGUUAAUUGUGAAGACGAAACUCGCGAACCCGGAGCUUGCGGAGGAGGCGGAUCAGCUGAAUGUGUUCGGUAUCGAGAAAACCGUUUACGGGCCAGUGCUAAAAGCGGUAAGGGAGCUGUUGACCAGCUUCGGAGAUUGUACGCAAUUUGCGCCACGUUUUAUCUACGAAGACGAGCACGCGCUGGUGCUGGAAGAUUUAGCCGUGAAGGGUUACCGGCAGCCGGAUCGUAGGGCACGCCUCGACCAACCACAUAUGCGGUUGAUAGUGCAGAAGCUCGCCAAAUUCCACGCAGCAACGGCAGUGCUAGGUCGUAAGAAUCGUGACCUGUUCAGUGUGCUAGCGUGCAGCAGCUUUUCCACCGAGGGGAAUCCUGUACAUCUGUUUUACGCCAACGCGAUUCAGCAUUGCAUCGACCAAACGGUGCAGGUGCCCGAGUUAAACCAGUACGCCGAGUUUCUACGUUCCUUCCUAGGGCAAGCCAUCGACCGGGAGACGAAAAGUUACGAAAGUGACGGAACGGGCUUCAACGUGCUAAACCAUGGCGAUAUGUGGCUGAACAAUCUGCUCUGGAAGUACGAUGCGGAUGGUGCGGUUGACGAUGUGAUAAUGGUGGACUUCCAGGAAAGCUUCUACGGUUCGCCAGCAUUCGAUCUAAACCACCUGCUCUACUCAUCCGCCAACAGUGCGAUCCAGCGGGCCGGUUUCGACGAGCUCGUACAGCUGUACACCGACGAGCUGCAGGGUGCACUGCGGCAAUUUAAAUACGACGGUCCGCUGCCCGAUCUGACACGCGUGCGAGCGGAAAUGGCAUCACAACGCGACCACGCGCUCAUCGUAACGACCUGCAUUGUGCCGGCGCUAAUAGUGGAAAAAAGCGAGCUGGCCACACCGGAGAAUAUGCUUGGCGACCACGAGGAAGCGAUUCGCGCACGGACGGAGAUAUUUAGCAAUCCAAAGUUUAUUGAGAUCCUUUCUAUUCUGUUACCGCGGCUUAUGGCGGGUGCGGUCAGUGGAUAA